CUGGACCCUAGAAGAUGGGAUCGGGGGUUAUUAGUGAGCCUUACAUGAAGGGACUGCUCCUUAUUAUUGCCUCCAUAUGUUGUUGGUAUUCUGGAUACCUACUUGCAGAGUCUGUACCUGAUGAACCUUUGUCUAACGCUGUCCAUACUAUUAUGAAGAUUGGAGAGAAACCUAUCCUCAAAUCUCCACUCCCCAAAAGACAAAAAUGUGACCACUGGACGUCGUGCCCACCUAACACCUAUGCCUAUCGGUUACUGAGUGGUGGUGGUAGGGAUAAAUAUGCCAAAAUUUGCUUUGAGGAUGAGCUGCUCAUAAGUGAAGAGAAGGGUAAUGUUGCACGGGGUAUCAAUGUCGCCAUUGUGGAUUAUAAAACUGGGAGAGCUAUAAAUACACAAUAUUUUGACAUGUUUGAAGGAGAUAACUCUGGACCAUUGACCCAGUUCAUUAAAAAUGCCCCGGAGAAGUCUCUAAUCUUGAUGGUAACACAUGACGAUGGUAGCAGCAGAUUAAAAGAUGAUGCCAAAAAUACCAUAGAAGGUUUGGGCAGCAAGGAAAUAAAGAAUAUAAAAUUCAGGUCAAGUUGGGUAUUUCUUGGAGGAAAAGGCAUUGACUUCCCAGAAAAUAUUCAAAGAGAAAAGAUCAACCAUUCUGACGGCAGCAAAAACAGAUAUGCGGGUUGGCCAGCUGAAAUACAGAUAGAAGGAUGUAUACCUCGUGAUCCAAGCUAA